AUGGCUGCCGAUCAGCUGUCCCAAACAAGUAACGGGACAAAACCGGGACUUUCACACCCUGAAGACUUCUCUACAUCUGAAUUUGAAGAACAUCUGAAGACAGGGACUCAGCAGCUAGAAAUUGGUAACCUUUACCAGGCAGAGAAGAGUUUCGCUGCUGCUCUCAGACUGGCCACGGGGGAGAGUACAGACAGGGAGAUUGUCUGUCUACUGAAACUGGGAGAGGUGUACAAAAAGCAGGGAGAGCUGUCGCAUCCAAAAGACCAUAAUGCUCUUAUAAAGGCAUCCGCUCUUCUAAAUGCCGCCCUCACCAGAAUUGACGAUGUUUCGGACCACCAUGCAACCAAGCAUGAUCCAGACAUACCAUCAUCAUUUCAAAAUGAUAGAAAUGAGAAUAGUAGUGCAAGAGUGCCCCCUGGUGUACGAGAUAUGGAACUGCAGCUGCAAGGUGCAUCCCCUGACAUAGUCCAAGUACAGGAUAGCAAAGAUCAUGUUAAAGCGUUGCUGCAGGAGAUAGAAAUCCUUUUUGUGACCGACGUAACAGGUGUAGAAAUUUCUAGUGAAGCCUUUCAGUUGGAUAACGUAGAAGAACACAAGAAGAAACUUUUGCAAAUAAGAUCUGAAUGUGAAACAAAACUCAACACCAUUGCAAAGAAAUCCCAUAACUUUGCAAGCGACCAAAGUGACGAGGAAAGAAAGCAACAAGAACUCGCCCAAGGAACUGCAGUGAGAGACCUUUACCGCAAGAUAGCAGAGGACAUGAAAACGUAUGUGAGAGACCUCCUGAAGGAGUGUGUGAGUGUUGUCGGGGCCCCUCCCGGCGAUGUGAGGUACGCCGUGGUAGGGCUGGGGUCGCUGGCGAGAGAGGAGAUGACGCCGUACUCGGACCUGGAGUUCGCCAUCUUGGUACAGGAAGGGAGCAAUACUGAUGAUGUCAGGAGGUACCUCACAGUGCUGACACGGUAUCUGCACCUUAAGGUUCUAAACUUGGGUGAAACCAUUCUACCGGCUGUGGGGGUGAAAUCCUUAAACGACUUCACAAGUCCCAACCCUCUGGAUGACUGGUACCAUGACAGCCUGACUCCGCGAGGGUUUGCGUUUGACGGAGCCAUGCCAUGGGCGAGCAAAACUCCCCUGGGUAGGGAACAAGGAGUGACCGAUGACCAGUUGAAGGACCUGAUCCUGACGCCAUCAGAGAUGGCAGCCUUACAGACCGACCCCCGGGCCCUGGACUGGUCCCACCUGAGGGAGGUGCUCACCUGUGUCACCUUGAUCCAUGGCGACCCUUCACUCGUGGAAGACUACGAAACCCUCCUCCAUGACAUACUGUUUCAACAGGCUGACCAGUCUGGGACCACGUUAGGCAUGCGUAGGGCAACCACAAACCUGCCGGCAUCUCUCCAAGAGUUCAAGACCGACUUAAGCGGCAUGCUGUCUGCAGGGAAGCUGUUCCAAGUCAAGAAAGAGAUCUACCGAAUGCCAAGCAUUCUUCUCAGCUCUCUUGGGCUUUUCUUCGGAAUAAAGGAGAAGUCUUCUUGGGAAAUUGUCCAGGCUUUGAGAAGAAAAGGAGUGAUAAACGCAGAGGCUGAGCAUAACCUGAAGAUGGCUGUAAGUAUUGCAACACAGCUGCGCUUGCAAACAUACCUGUCAAAUAAGGGCCAAAAAGACAACAUCUCCACACUAUCCAAGGCAUCAUGGGAGACAUCAGAUGGACAGAAAAGUGACAAAAACAAAGCAAAACCUGCACCAGACAUCUUUGGUAUGGAAUCUCCCGCUAUUCUCUUCCGCUUUUUCCAAACAGUGUUGCCUCUGGAAGAAUGCAUGGAGAGAUUGUUCUCAAGAACGUCUAUUGAAGAGAUGAGUUCCACAUUGGAGGUUACACCAAAUACACUGAUUCAAAAGGCCUUAAAAAGAGAAGAUUUUUACGACAGUACAUUCAAGAAUCGAGCUCUAGUGCACAUGCGCCUUCUCCAGUACCAAGACGCCAAGGCUUGCUUGGAAAAGCACAUCGCUGAAAGUAAUGAAGACGAUGCAAGGCUUUCAAGGAUUCUUAUUGGUCAGGUGCUGUACCACCUUGGAGACUACACAGGUGCAGUCACGUGUUUUCAAAAUCUCGCAGAUCAGAAGAUAUGCUCAAGAAAAGACAGGAUCUCCAUUACAAACUUUCUCGGACAAGCACACCAUCAGAAUGGUCACCUUCAGGAAGCCUCAAGAUGCUUUGAAGACGUCUUGGAGGAACUGAGAAAACAAGAAGACCCAGAAUCAGAUUUAUCCCAAACUGUGGUACUAAACAACCUUGCUUGUGCUUUACGGAGCUCAGGAAAGUAUGCAGAAGCCAUUUCUCGUUUUGAAGAAGCUUUGUCCCUUGAUGGAGGGGGUAAGAAACAGAGACAGGGGAAUCCAAGGGUUGCUGUGGUCCUCAACAACAUGGGAGAUGCUUACCAGACUGAAGGCCUGUACACUAAAGCAGUACAGUGCUACACCGAAGCACUUACGAUUGAACAGAACAUCUACGGUGACAGCAGAGCACAUCCGUUCAUAGCCGCAACGUUGCACAACCUUGGCUCUGCAUACAGGGACAUUGGCAACAUCUCUGCUGCAACGUCGGCUUUUUGGAGCUCCUUGCAGAUCAAAGAAAUUGUUUUUGGUAAGGGAGCGAUGCAUCCGGAAAUAGCAACCACCUUGGAUGGUCUAGCAGCUAUGAAACGUAACCUAGGUGAUUUUGCUCACGCACAACAGCUCAACACACAAGCACUCCUCAUCAGAAGAACUGUUUAUGGAGAGGACACUGACAACCUGGAUAUUGCAGAGUCGUUAACUAACAUGGGGAAAAACUGUCUCAACAGGCCAGAAGAAUUCCAGCAAGGCCUGUCAUUGUUCAAGGAAGCUUAUGAAAUGCAGAAGAGAAUAUUCAGGAAUACAUCCCACCCGUGUAUUGCCAAGUCCCUGCACAACAUAGCAUCUGCUUUGCACAAGCUUGAACGAUUUGAAAUAGCUAAAACAAAGUACCAAGAAGCUUUGGAAAUGUUUCGAGAGAUCAGCCCAUCCAGUGAUAAGAGUCUCGACAUUGCAGCAGCCUUGGGAGGUAUAGGAAGCUGCCUUUGCCGUCUUGGGGACAAUUCUCAAGGCCGUGUGCAUCUCGAAGAAGCAAUAUCAAUGUUCAAGUCCAUCUCAGGGUUCUUAAAUCAUGACAUCAUCAAGCUAUACAGAAACCUGGCAAAAGUGAUGAUGGAGGGAGGGGAUGUAAGGGAGGCGACAGCUCUGUUGAUGGAAGCGUUAGAUGCGGUGAGGAAUAAACGUUACCAUGGAGAUGAGAAUGUAGCGAUUGGAAAGGACGAAGAGGCAAAGUCUGUGCAAAAAUCAGAGGAAGAUGGGCUGGCAUUGUUAUCACAGUCCCACACUGCAGGGGGUAAGGAUGCAACAAAUGGAAAGGACGAAGAGGCAAAGUCUGUCCAAAAAUCUGAGAAUAAAGAAGCGUUGGCCUUGUCACAGUCCUAUACAGCAGAGGAGGCAACUAUAUUGGGAGAGCUGGGAGUAACCUGUGUCCUUUCAGGGGACGAUCGAGCCAUGUCGUUUCUGCAAGAGUCUCUCACAGCAGCGAGGCAAGUUCACGGUCACAACCACCACUCCGUCGCUACCGCACUGGGCAACCUGGGUGCAGCAACACUCCAGGAAGGAAACAUCACAAAGGCAAUAGAGCACUUCACAGAGUCUCUACAGAUACUGGAGGGGCUGUAUGGGAAGGAUGGCACACAUACUAGUUUGGAAGAAGUGCUAACCAAUUUGGGGUAUGCGUAUGAAGCAAAGGAAGACUUGAGGACUGCUUUGGCCUACUUUGAUAGAGUGAUAGACAUUCAAAAGAGGAAAGGUGUUUUGGAUGAACCUAGCAGUAAAACAUGA